ACAUAUCACAUCGGAUGUUGGCUUCACCGAUCCAAUAGCUGAUCACAUGUAAACAGGGAAAUGUCGGUUAUCGGCAUUUCUCUCCCCACGAGCUGUCACGCUUACAGCUCAGGGGACAUGUACACAGAUCAUCAGAGCACUGAUGAUCUGUGUAGCCCCCCAGUGGCACUUUUCAGUGACCAUCAGUGCUCAUCCAUGCCACCUGCCAGUGCCACAUAUCAGUGCCCAUUUGAGCUGCCUUUCAGUGUCACCCAUCAGUGCUGCCUAACAGUGCCACUCAGUGAUGCCUGUCAAUGCCUACCA